AAGACCUUUCUCGAGCCGAUUCCUACUUGUUGCCCUCUAGGUUGAUAAAUGAGAACAACAGAGUAAAAUAUGUCUCUGAUGAAGCACCGAAGAGGGAUGAUUGAAUACUUACAACUGCUAUAGCAGUGCAUUAAAUUAUGAAGGACAUCGACACUUGUGAAAACGCCAAAAUGGAGCGCCUGGUUUCGGUUGUACAAAGCACUGCGCACCCAAGGGUGUGCUUAUUUCACGUGCUAUUCAAGUGUGUUGCUCUGCUCACAUAUAUGUUUGGUUCUCUCUUGUUGAGCUACGUGAACACCUUUGUGCUCGUGAUGCUUGCUCUUGCGUUUGACUUUUGGACAGUGAAAAACGUCACCGGCAGGCUUUUGGUACUAUCUUGUUUUCGUACGUAAGGUUGCACCCUAAAAUUUAAUUUGCCUUCAAUAUGUUGCCUUAUUUUUCAAUCACGCACCUUCCCGCAAUCCGUGAAGAACAAGAAUUUUGCUGCAAAAAUAAGAUUGAUAGAUGAAGAAUGUCCACAAUGGCGAGGUAAAUCAUACAUAUUCUUCCCUUCUUGUCGUGUUUGCAAGUCUGUUUUCAAAAACGAGGACAGAAAGAACGAUGCCGAAAAUUGAUCAUCUUUAUAUAUUGAAUUAUUCUUCCAUUUUCCUCGAUGCAGGUUGGUCUUCGUUGGUGGAACGAGGUGCAGGAGGACGGAACCUCGCUUUGGGUCUUCGAGAGUCAUCAAUCAGAGCUUUCCUUGGACCAAGGUGACCGUUUCGUUUUCUGGAACACGCAGUACGUCUUUGUGGCCUUAUGGAUCACACUUUCCAUCAUCAAUGUGUUAACGCUAAGCCUGUCGUGGUUGCUGUUGUCCGCUUGCGGAGUGAGCUUCGCCGCAGCGAACCUCGUGGGUUAUUGGAAAUGCAGCAGGGACGCGCAGGCCCGGCUCUUGGAGAACAUCAGCAACAACGCGGUUACGGGUGUCGUCUUCAAUCGCAUGGUCAAUCUGCGAUUGAUGGAGAAACUUUCGGGAUCGCUCACCGGUAGCUCCCAACAAGGUGAGUCCUAUUCCAAUCCCGGUGCUGCCUCAUCUCCUCAGACGAGUCAGCCUCCGGUCGUCAUGGGCAAACCACCAUCGUCCUUUCCCUUUGCCCUUAAGAACAGUUUUAAAUUGAUACUUCGCCUGGAUGGUGAAUUUUACUGAUGGAAUUCAAUAUGCAAUGUCUACUCCAUAAGUUUUCUCAAUUUGAUGAGUUUUCGUCCUAGGACUCUACUUAGGCAAAUUCCUUCAUGCACUCUCAAGUAGUUGCAACAUCAAAAAUGUUUAUGCAUUUAUUUUAGGAGGAAAGUCGUGUCGAGGACCACGCAGUCCCAAACCUACAAGAAGAGCAAUGCCAACGAACUAUUGUUGAGAACCUCUAAGGCAUGGGAUGGAGAAGUUUUCCGGCUGGAACCAGAACCACCACCGGGCAUGCGAGAAGACAGUCCGCCGCGAGAUGAUUCGAUUGGAGGAAAAUAGAACUACUUGUAGCCAUGUUCAGCAUUCCACAAAUACUCAUGGUUUGGUAUUGUCAUGGUGACUUUUGUGAUCGAUUCGCACUUUCUGUGUUAUUCAACAGACGGAUCUGCGCACAAACUUGGAUGAUUCCGCUACUAGCAUAGCGCUUUGGUGGGUGAUACUUAGUGCCAUGGUAACGACAUGUUCGACUUCGAGCGAAUGUUGUGUCGAGAAAGUUUGAUAUUGAGGGCUUAUCCGACUUGGAAGUUUGACGUGAAUUUUUUGAAUCCAAGACCUUACACG